AUGAGGAAAAUAGAAGAGGAAACUGCUGCAUCUCCGUCACGUAUUCCAAUCGGUCGCGCUGGAAAUCCUGAGGAAGUGGCCGAAGCUAUUUUGUUCCUGGCCGAUAGGCAAAGAUCGAGUUACAUUGUUGGCCAACAACUUCUCGUCGAUGGUGGAUCGUCGUUGCAAAUGCCAGUAAUCGCCGAUGGAUUCAAAAUCUUCCUCGAUGUAUUGGGUGGUCUCGCGCCUCCAAAAGCUUGA